AUGGGUGAAUCCUCGAGUUCCCCCAAAACGGGCUGGCGGAUCCCCAAGGCCUGCCAGGAGUGCCGCAAGCGCAAGAUCCGCUGCAACGGUCUAAAUCCCCGCUCCCCCCCCCCGGCGGCAGCGUCACUAACGGUUGAACCUCAAAGUUGCCAAACCUGCGAAAAACGGAGUACACCGUGCGUUUACAGAGACGUCACCAGGCAUCGUAGGAAGAAACAUGAGUAUCAAGAGUCUCGUCACAUAAGCCAAUCCCCUCGGGGUUCUCCUGGCUUGACCCAUCACUCUACUCAGCGGAAUCCAUCUGUCUUGCGUAAUAUUCCUAAUAGUGUGAGCGCAACGCACAUGGCAUCGCCCUCGUGUCAGAUGCAGCUCUAUUAUGGACCCACCUCACACUUUGCUCUUAUGCAACAUGUUUAUCGGGAUCUCAUCUCCAAUCCUGUUGUUCAACCAGAACCCUCGGGCGGAGUUGACGAAGCCGGAGCUGGCUUGGAUCUCUUCAGUUUCCGCCGCAUUUUUUUCGGAACUCCGGAUGAAAGUUCGAAGGCGUCGACAGUGGGGGAUGUCCCGGUGAUGUUUUUACCACAUGAAUUGGCGAAAGUGUUCCUUUCACGAUUCCUGACGACGCUGUAUCAUAUGAUGCCACAUCGACCCAAGUCAUGGUGGGAGCUGUGUCUAGAGGAACUCUACAAUCCGUCCCCCUCGACUCACUCGGAUAUUUUAAACCAGGCACUCUUACUACUGGCUUUGGGAACAGGUUCUCUCGGGACCGAGUAUUUUGCUUGGGGUGAUGUGCUCCUAGACCGUGUCAAAGCAUCGCUCCCUUCCUUUGAUGACGUUAACGAACAGGGCCGACCGAAUGCGGCUUUCUUAUGUCUGGGAACUGCUUCUCGAAAGGCUCUAUCUGCUGGCUUACACAAGGAUGUUCCCUAUGACAUUGCGCAAACGCCUGAGAACAUCGAAGAACGUCGGGUUACGUUCUGGUCUAUUUUGCCAUUGAACAACCGAAGGACUCUUUUCUUGAGACUUUUGGUGCAACUUUGCAUGGUUAUAUCUCGGUCUUCUAACGAGAUCUAUGGUGAGCACCAUGAAUCUUUACUCCACAUGUGGCGGGUAGCGCGCUCCAUUUCGGAUGAUCUUCGUGAGCUUCAAUCGUCCAUGCAGCAUGCAUUGGGUUUUGGUUUGGAUGCCGAGGUUCACGGGGGAAGUACUGGUGUGAAACAAAUUAUUUUCACGACUUUGUACUACCACACUCUUCUACUGACUUUUCGUCCUUUUUUGAUUUUCCGCGGUCAUUGGAAACGUGACAUGAAGGCGUCAUUUCAUCACCCAGUUGGCGACACAUCUAAUCGCCCGACUGAGAUGCCAUCUUGGCUCAAUGAAGCCUGUAAACAUGCCCUUACAGCAGCCCGGCAGACAAUUCACCAUCUUUGUGACGCGUCGCGUACCAAUGAUCAUGUCAAACAAUUACGAUACCAUGGUUACUUCAUCGCCAGUUCAGCCUUCAGUCUGAUAUAUGAUUUCCUGCACGAUCCUAGUGCAGCAGCGAGCCAUCUUCCUUGGGUGUAUGCCUCGUUGCAGAAUCUUUCGUCCAUGCGUGAGGGAGAUCCAAUAACAAGCACUAUAUCAGCUAUCCAAACAGUCUUACGAAACCUUAGCCCGACUUACGAAUGGCUACCAUAUCCAAAGCCUGACAACGCAUUUUCAAAUGAAUCAGGCAUUCAAACGGCCGGAUCUCUGGGAUCUGGUAUCUCAGGCAGCCAGCAAGGAAUUCUUAAUGAACAUGCCUUUUCUCCCAACGCCUUGUUCGGUUCAACGUCUAAUGUAUCGCCUUCUAAGUGGAAUCCACCGCAACUUGAAGGGCCAGAGACUGGUAGAUCCGGUGGAUCGAGCGAAGAUCUUCUUGACCUCACUCAAUCCGACAUGGGAUGGAAUUUCGACUUUUCCACCAUGGAUCUGGAGGCCUUUUUCUCCGUGUACCAGUCAGCCGAUGCUUCUUUUCCUUGA